AGCGAACUGCUUCUUCGUCCUCCUCUUCAACCGAGCAGGUAGCGAGUAACAGAGGGAGAGAACUUUCAGCCAUGGCAGCUCGCAAGAGAGCUUCUCCUAACAACUCCGAGAAGCCUUCUCGAGCCGAAGACUCGUCGAAGACUGCGGCCAAAUCUCCAGAAACCCCGCCCUCCGACCCUCCAAUUGCUCCACCCAAGUCUGGGUUCAUCCUCAAGCUCUCGAUCUGCUUCCUGGUCCCUUACCUCUACUUGAUCAAUUACUGCUACAACAUCGAUCAGGAGCUCAAGAGAUCUAUCCUCAUCAAUGCUGGCCUCAGCCUCGCGGGCUUCUUUGUCACCGUCAGGAUGAUCCCCGUCGCGUCGAGAUACGUCUCGCGGCGUAAUCUCUUCGGUUAUGAUAUUAACAAGAAGGGCACCCCUCAGGGAACCGUGAAAGUGCCCGAGUCAUUGGGAAUUGUUGUUGGAAUAGUCUUUUUGGUGGUGGCAAUCUCAUUUCAGUAUUUCAACUUCACCGCUGAUUCAAAUUGGCUCGUGGAAUAUAAUGCAGCAUUGGCAUCCAUAUGCUUCAUGAUUUUGCUUGGAUUCAUGGAUGAUGUCUUGGAUGUCCCUUGGAGAGUAAAGUUAAUCCUUCCAUCAUUUGCUGCUCUUCCACUGCUGAUGGCCUAUGCUGGGCAUACAACGAUCAUCAUUCCAAAGCCCCUAAUUCCGUACGUAGGGCUAGAUGUGUUGGAUUUAGGAUGGAUCUAUAAGUUAUACAUGGGGCUUUUAGCAGUAUUUUGCACGAAUUCCAUCAACAUUCAUGCUGGUCUGAAUGGUCUUGAAGUUGGGCAAACAGUUGUCAUUUCAGGCGCUAUUCUGAUUCAUAACAUUAUGCAAAUUGGAGCGUCUACAGAUCCCGAGUACAAACAGGCCCAUGCAUUCUCUAUCUAUCUUGUUCAACCAUUACUAGCCACCUCCCUGGCUUUACUUGCAUACAAUUGGUAUCCUUCUUCAGUUUUUGUUGGAGAUACAUACACCUAUUUUGCUGGGAUGACUAUGGCAGUGGUAGGGAUAUUAGGCCAUUACAGCGAGACACUCCUGGUCUUCUUUCUCCCUCAGAUUUUGAACUUUCUACUGUCACUCCCUCAGCUAUCAGGCUAUGUCAAGUGUCCGAGGCAUAGACUGCCCAGGUUUGAUCCUCAGACAGGACUCUUGACUGGCACAAACGACGGGACGCUUGUUAACUUCUUCCUAAGGCUGUUUGGCCGAAAAACAGAAAAGUCGCUUUGCAUCCUUCUACUGGUAUUCCAGGCUAUUGGAUGCUGCUUCUGUUUCAUGCUGAGAUGGAUCCUCACUGGUUGGUACAAGUAAGGCAAGAACAACGUGCUAUGGACAUUCAUCAAGUUCAGUGUCAUUUUCCCGUCAACUGCUAAUGUUGUAUUAUUUGACUUGGCCGUGGAAUAGCCUGCUUGAAUCUCAAGGUUUUACAUAGAAAACAGAGAUGAUCCUCAGUUUUGUUAGCCUCAGGAUGAUUUAUUGUUUAUUUUUUGUAUUUUAAUUUAUUUGGAUGAUUGAAUAGCUUGGAAGGAGUGUAUGUUCAUCAGAACUUCAUAUGUCUUGACUCAAA